AUGGGCGCCGCCGCGUGGGCACUGCCGCCUCUGUCGCCCCUGUCGCCCCUGCCGCUGCGUGUGCCUCUCCUGCUGCUGCUUCUGCAGCUCCCGGGGCUGCCCGGGGCCUCCUGGGACCCGGCCGGUUACCUGCUCUACUGCCCCUGCAUGGGGCGCUUUGGAAACCAAGCUGAUCACUUCUUGGGCUCCCUUGCUUUUGCAAAGCUGCUGAACCGUACCUUGGCUGUACCUCCUUGGAUUGAGUACCAGCAUAACAAGCCUCCCUUCACCAACCUCCAUGUGUCCUACCAGAAGUACUUCAAACUGGAGUCCCUCCAGGCAUACCAUCGGGUCAUUAGCUUGGAGGACUUCAUGGAGAAGCUGGCCCCCACCCACUGGCCCCCUGAGAAGCGGGUGGCGUACUGCUUUGAGGUGGCAGCCCAGCGAAGCCCUGAUAAGAAGACGUGUCCCAUGAAGGAAGGGAACCCCUUUGGCCCCUUCUGGGAUCAGUUUCAUGUGAGUUUCAAUAAGUCGGAGCUUUUUACAGGCAUUUCCUUCAGCACCUCCUACAAAGAACAGUGGAUCCAGAGAUUUUCUCCAAAGGAACAUCCGGUGCUCGCACUGCCAGGGGCCCCAGCCCAGUUCCCCGUCCUAGAGGAACAUAGGCCGCUCCAGAAGUAUGUGGUAUGGUCAGACGAGAUGGUGAACAUGGGAGAGGCCCAGAUCCGCACCCACCUCAUCCGGCCUUACGUGGGCAUUCAUCUGCGCAUUGGCUCUGACUGGAAGAAUGCCUGUGCUAUGCUGAAGGACGGGACCGCAGGCUCACACUUCAUGGCCUCUCCCCAGUGUGUGGGCUACAGCCGCAGCACGGCUGCCCCCCUCACAAUGACUAUGUGCCUUCCUGACCUGAAGGAAAUCAGGCGGGCCGUGAAGCUCUGGGUGAGGGCACUGAGUGCCCAGUCAGUCUACAUCGCCACUGAUUCUGAGAGUUAUGUGCCCGAGAUCCAACAGCUCUUCAAGGGGAAGGUGAAGGUAGUGAGCCUGAAGCCUGAGGUGGCCCAGAUUGACCUGUACAUCCUUGGCCGAGCCGACCACUUCAUUGGCAACUGUGUCUCCUCCUUCACAGCCUUCGUGAAGCGGGAGCGGGACCUCCAGGGGAGGCUGUCCUCUUUCUUCGGCAUGGAUAGGCCUCCUCAGCUACGGGACGAGUUCUGAUCCCGUCUGGAGCACAUCACCGGUCUGCACUGGUCCCUCCAGUCAGGACUGGCAGCCAGAGGUGUUCCCAGGAUUGCAAACUCCUCUUCUUGCCUGCCAGAGAUGGAGAAAGGUAGAAAAGUGCCAGGGACUUCCUGGAGGAGGGAGACAUGCCAUCUCCCAGGGCAUAGGACUUCCAAGCACCUAGGGAACCGGAGCAUCUCUCCAUCUCCUGUGCUUUCUGAUGUUUCUCCUGGGAAUUCCUCACAUUGGCAAAGUAGUACAACCUGCCUUUUGGUCUGCCCUGCUCUAAGCAGCCUGGGAUGCUGAACUCUCUUCUAAAAGAUUUUUUAUAGAGAAAGAUUUUUUAUUGAGAGAGAUUUUUAUAGUUUUAAUACAAAGUCAUAACCACCCUAGAACUUUCCCUCAUUUUUAAAAAUCAGUGAAGUCCAUUAACAUAGGUACCUAAAGUGCCCUUAACUGGAUGUGGAUGAGGCCAGGGCUGGGGUGGGUCUACUGGCCACUUUUCCAGGUAUCCCCCAAAGUGGCCCUCAGACCCAUCCUGACUCUGGCCAGAGCCAUUGUCAUCCACCACUUUUUAGGCCACUUUUUCUGGGGUUUGGGACAUGAAUACUCCUCCAUUGUAAGCACUAUACAAAUGGUAAUUCUCGAUCAUGGUGCUGUGCAGUGCUCUGCGGACAGCCAAGUGCUGCUCACACAGCAUGUUCUUGGCAAGGAACACAUGCCAUGAAACCAAAUAAUCAUGGUAUUGCUGUCAGAGUCUUUUGGUAAUUGGUAACCACUGCAAACCUGGUACCGCCAGGACAUCAGAAUGUAUCACCAGGGGCCGGGGCUUACUGGCCUGGCAGGAUCCUUCCGAAGGCCUCCGCUAAGGGGCCUGGUGGGUAGAAUUUUGCCAUUAGGUUGGUAUUCAAAGCCUGUUCUUUCAGCCUUCGUCCUGGGGCUGGAGCCCUCAGACCAUAUUGUCACAAGGGAGUGUUUGCUAAGCCUCUAGCAACACAGAAGAUGCCCAGGAUCUAGGAGCCAUCAGAAUUCCCAGUUCAAAAGCAACCUUUGCCCCUUCCCAUCCAGUGUAAUCUCUGCCAAUGCCAUGAGGUUUAAAGUGUUAUAAGUCGUAAAUUUCUUUGUCUCUCAGAUGCUGCAGUUUUAAUAAUCCAUGACUCCUGAGAGCCUGCGAUUUUUUUACCUUGUGUUUCUAAAAUUCCAUGUCUACUACC